AUGGGACAUCAGGUGAUAAUAUUUGACUUUUCUCUCAUAAGAGGACUGUGGGAAGGUCGUGUUAAGAAGUUUAAAGAACGUCAAAGGAAGGAGAGAGAAAGAUUAGAAAAGAGCUCAUUGGAGCGGAUAAAGCAGGAAUGGAACUUCAUACUAGAGUGUCGGAAGAAGGGCAUCCCACAAUCAAAAUACCUCAAAAAUGGCUUUGUAAAUACUGAUGAGAAGAUCUUGGAUAAGUAUGGAAAGACUCCUCAGCUCCAUAAGAAGAGUGCUUUGGCAGCUGAAAUAGAGAGGGAAAGAAGCAAGUUUGUUUUUCAGCUUUCUGGAGAGCAGUGGACGGAAUUCCCAGAUUCACUGAAAGAACAGACCUAUCUGAAAGAAUUGCAUGUGAGCAACACGUUGAUACAAACCAUUCCAGCCUACAUUGCCUUGUUUCAAGAUCUGAGAAUACUGGAGCUGCCAAAAAAUCAAAUCACCCAUCUCCCUGUGGAAAUUGGCUGCUUAAAAAACCUCAAAGUACUCAAUGUGAGUUUUAAUAAUUUGAAAUCAGUCCCUCCGGAACUGGGUGACUGUGAGAAUCUGGAAAAGCUGGAUUUGUCUGGAAAUCUGGAAAUAACAGAGCUACCAUUUGAAUUAAGCAACCUGAAACAAGUCACAGUUGUGGAUGUGUCAGCAAACAAGUUCCCUUCUAUUCCGAUUUGUGUACUCCGGAUGUCUAAUUUGCAGUGGUUGGAUAUGAGCAGCAACAACCUGAAAGAUCUCCCACAAGACAUAGACAGGUUAGAUCAACUGGAGACACUUCUCCUUCAGAAAAACAAGUUGACUUAUCUUCCCCGAGCUCUGGUCAAUAUGCCAAAACUCAAUUUGUUAGUUGUCAGUGGUGAUGACUUGGUUGAGAUUCCCACAGCCAUCUGUGAGUCAACCACUGGUUUAAAAUUUGUAAGUCUCAAAGAUAGCCCCGUUGAAACUAUUGUUUGUGAAGACACUGAAGAAAUUAUAGAAAGUGAACGUGAACGGGAGCAAUUUGAGAAAGAAUUUAUGAAAGCCUAUAUUGAAGACCUGAAGGAGAGAGAUUCUGCUCCUUCUUAUACUACGAAAGUUUUAUUCAGUCUUCAACUCUGA